AUGUCCUCAAGCUCCGACUCCGACCAAACACUUCCCAUCGAUACCCUGGUCAAACCAGGCUACCACGAAAGAAUUGUGCUAGAGAUCGACCGCCGAGACCCGGACAUGAUGAGCCUAGUCGUCGUCUCCAGAACAGUACUUGCCCAUAGCAUCGACGUUGUCGACCUCGCAGAUCAUCAAGUACAGCUCCAAGAGCCCGGCUCGACCGACUCUACGAACGGCAGUGGAAAUGGCAAUAGCGAUAUUAGUGACACUUCGAACACCGAAGGUGAAGGCGAAGCAACAACAGCUGAGAGCACGCCCAAAAGAACUCGCUGGGGAAAGAGCGACAAUACCAGGGCUGUGGAAAAGAGCAAGAAGCGCAUCUGUACGAGUGGUUCGGCUGUUGCGAUCAAGAAGACGAAGUCGGUACUUAUUCGAGAGCGAUGA